GUCACUGUUCUUCUUUACUGAGGCUUACACCCAGAGUGUUUCUGUUUCUGUUCCUGCAGGCAGAGGCAGAGGUGGCGUCUCUGAAUAGACGCAUCCAACUGGUGGAAGAGGAGUUGGACCGAGCUCAGGAGAGGCUAGCUACUGCUCUGCAGAAGCUGGAGGAGGCAGAGAAAGCUGCAGAUGAAAGCGAGAGAGGAAUGAAGGUGAUAGAGAACAGAGCAACAAAAGAUGAAGAGAAAAUGGAAAUCCAGGAGAUGCAGCUGAAGGAGGCCAAACACAUUGCUGAGGAGGCAGACCGUAAAUAUGAAGAGGUUGCACGUAAACUGGUGAUUCUGGAAGGAGAUCUGGAGCGCUCAGAGGAGCGUGCUGAGGUGGCUGAGGCUAAAUCAGCUGAUCUUGAGGAAGAAUUAAAAAAUGUCACCAACAACUUGAAGUCCCUGGAAGCCCAGGCUGAGAAGUACUCACAAAAAGAGGACAAAUAUGAAGAAGAGAUUAAAGUGCUGACAGAGAAGUUGAAGGAGGCUGAAACCCGGGCAGAGUUUGCAGAAAGAUCUGUGGCUAAGCUGGAGAAGACCAUUGAUGAUCUAGAAGAUGAAGUGUAUGCUCAGAAGCUGAAGGGCAAGGCUCUCAGUGAGGAGCUGGACCUGGCACUCAAUGACAUGACUACACUGUAGAAGCUUCCUCCUUUCCUCUUCUCCUCUGUUGCCUCCCCAUUCUCACCUGUUGCUUUGCUGGUCUCUUCUUGUUCUGCAGAAAUGUUAUUGGCUGGAAGAUUUCUAAACAUAAUGCAGUAAAUUCAGACUUUUUUCCUCUUUCCAUUCUUUUUUUUUCUUUGAAUUUACAGCUAGCCCCUUUCACUACUACCUGUCCUGAGGUCUGGAGUUAAUGUCAUUCGUAUUUAUUUAAAUCUUCUUCCCCCUCCUUUCUGUAAUAGAUCUUUUUAUCCUUAUCAAAUUCUGUAUUUUCCCAAUUUUCCCUUCUUUUUGUUUGACUUGACUUCCAAACGUUAACUUUGCAGUACAGAGAAUAAUGUCUAAUUAGUGUGAGAUGGUUUUCUCGAUACUAAAUUUCUCAGCAUUGCCUUUGUCUGACCAUGGGAAAAAUGUGUGAGAAUGUUGAUAAAGUGAUGAUGACAAGC